GCAAGCGGCGAUACAACAUCAAACUCUGGAAGACCUUCACCGACUGCUUCAACUGUUUGCCCAUCGCUGCCAUCGUGGAUGAGAAGAUCUUCUGCUGCCACGGAGGGCUGUCCCCAGACCUGCAGUCGAUGGAGCAGAUCCGGAGGAUCAUGCGGCCCACGGAUGUGCCGGAUCAGGGGCUCCUCUGUGACCUGCUCUGGUCUGACCCUGACAAGGAUGUGCAGGGCUGGGGGGAGAAUGACCGUGGGGUCUCCUUCACCUUUGGAGCAGAGGUGGUGGCCAAAUUCCUGCACAAACAUGACUUGGACCUCAUCUGUAGGGCACACCAGGUGGUGGAGGAUGGCUACGAGUUCUUCGCUAAGCGCCAGCUUGUCACCCUCUUCUCGGCCCCCAACUACUGUGGCGAGUUCGACAACGCAGGAGCCAUGAUGAGCGUGGAUGAAACACUCAUGUGCUCCUUCCAGAUUCUGAAGCCAGCUGACAAGAACAAGGGCAAGUACGGGCAGUUCAGCGGGCUGAACGCCACCGGCCGUCCCGUCACCCCUCCUCGCAACUCUGCCAAAGCCAAGAAAUGAGCCGUGAGCCACCCCCCCAGACCUCCCUCAGCCCCCCCCAACAGCAUCAGGUCGCUUUUCUUUCGACUCAGUUUUUUUAUUUGUAGGAUCCUGCCCCCUCCCUGCCACGCUCCAGGCUCAAGGCAGGGAGUGCUGGGGCGAGGGGUGAUCCCAGAGCUCAGCCCUGGGGGGACAGUGGAGGGGAUGGGGGGCAGGAGGAAUUUUUUUGGGAAUAAACUUGUUAAUGGGUCA